AUGUCCCAGGUCCCAACUUCACAUGACGAUGAAGAGCAGUUGCUCCAACGAUAUAAGGAGGAGCGCGCCAAGCGCCUCACGAAAGUUGGCCGCGGUCAACAUAUUGACACUCGAUCGGAAGAUAUCAAGGAUCUUGCCAGGGACCCAUGGGUAGAUUACAGUGAUCCGCUAAUUCAGAAUCCUCCUCUGAAAGACGGGAGUAGUGUCAAAUUCUUAAUCAGUGGUGCUGGACAUAACGGACUUCUCUUCGCAUGCCGCUUAGCAGAAGCUGGUUUCAGCGGAAGCGAUAUUGUCUGCGUCGACAUAGCUGGUGGCUUCGGCGGCACCUGGUGCGUUCUUUCCAUUGUGUUUGCAACUAGACCACAGCUGAUGACGGUAUUAGAGGGUUACUGUUACCUCCCCCUGCUUGAGGAGACGGGUUACGUUCCGAAGCACAAGUACUCUUUUGGCGCUGAGAUCCGAGGCCAAAAUGAGCGAGCUGCAAAGCACUUCGGCAUUCAAGGCCAAUUUUGCACGAAAAUUGAAUCCCAGAUCUGGGAUGACGACAGAAAGAUUUGGGUCGUAUCAAUGACCCGUACGCUCGGCGAAGGCACGAAGCCUCAAACUAUUACCGUCUUUGCGGAAUUCAUCUUCAUUGCUGGAGGUACUCUCAGCAUACCGAAAGUUCCAAAGCUCCCAGGUUGGGAGGAGCUUCGCAAUUCUAAACGUAUUUUCCAUUCAGCUCGUUGGGACUACGACUACACCGGUGGCAACCAGGAGCAGCACGACUUGGUCAAACUCAAAGACAAAACAGUUGCAAUCAUCGGUACAGGUGCAACUGCAGUCCAGAUUGUGCCUGAGCUGGCGAAAUGGGCUAAACGCGUGUACGUUAUCCAAAGGACGCCAUCGUACUGUGGAUAUCGCGGCAACCGCUUGACCAACAAGGAGCAUUUCGAGAACCUAUCGAAGGAGAAAGGCUGGCAGAGUGACCGGAGACUGAACUUCAAUGCCUGGGUUACGAAUAAUCCCGAGGGGUAUGGCCCCAAUCUGGUGGACGACGGGUGGACGCACACUCCUGCUGGUUGCGGUCUUCUCGGCUCAAGCAAGAAAAUAGUUGGACCACAUGAGGUUAAAGAACACAUCGAGGAAAUCCAUAAGAUCGACCGACCGCGCACUGACCUGUUGCGCAAGCGCAUCGAUGACAUGGUCAAGGACAAGGACACUGCCGAGAAGCUGAAGCCAUGGUACGGCAGCUGGUGUAAACGUCCUACCUUCCACGACGACUACUUGGAAGCUUUCAAUCAAUCCAACGUCACACUUGUCGACACGGACGGAAAGGGCCUGGAGGCCUUUUCUAAGAAUGGCUUUAUCUUCGGUGGCCAAGAAUACGAAAUCGACGCUCUGAUCCUCGCAACAGGAUUUACUUCUGGGGGCGGUCUGGAUCCCGCUGAGAAACUGGGCGCCGUUAUCAAAGGUCACAACGGAGAAUCAAUCUCCCACAAAUUCGACACCACAAAGAAUCCACCAAUAUACGGUGUUGCCAUAACCGACUUUCCUAAUCUUUUUGGUUACUUCUCAUCCGGCGCUGCAGCUUCCUGGAAUAUGACUUCAAUCUACGAUAUUGUCGCGAAGUUUACCGCACAGGUCAUCAAAAAGGCACACAAGCUGGCAAAAGAUGGCGAGAGAGUUCUUGUGCAAGCCAACCCGGCAGUGGAAGAAAAGUGGGGCAAUGAAACGGCAAGAGCCGCCGCAUGGUAUACUCGCACUUGAGAACUGUACUCCCAGCUACUUCAACUUCGAGGGAGAAAGCUUGGGCUCGUCCAGUUGAGGACAAGGAGAAGCUCAGGAAGGCUAGGCUGGCAGGCUGGGCCGCUGGUCCAGUCGAUUACCAAAGGAGGCUGGAAGCCCAUGCGGCUAAGCCUGAUCUCGAAGGGUUUGACGUCACGGUUUUGGCUAUAUAGGUUGAUGGUUUAGAUAUGUACGCAAUUAGACACCCAACUCUUCCUACCCACUA